GUCAAUAUCCCUGGAGCUCGUGGACAUUCGGGCCGACGUCAAACGCUUCUGAACCAUCACCAACCAUGUUUCGUUUGAUAUAUGAGGGCUGCAGCCCAGUCAAGGCCCUAUUGCUUCUCGGAAGCCUCAGAUCCUCUACAAAUCCGGCCCAGAAAUUCAUCGGCUCCUCCACGACUAACGCGACCAUGUCUCUUGUACCAGAAGGGAACUCGACCCUCAGCAUCACCCAAGCCGCCAUCAAUGUCUUUCUGGCGUCGCAGCAGGACAAUGGUCUCAUCAGCGGCCUGGGUUACUGGCAAGUCGCAAACGGCUACACUGCAAUCGCGCUGCACGAUCUCUGGUCUGGGACUCUUUCCUACAGCGGUGUCCUAGACGAGCUCAUCGGCAAAGUUGAGGUGAACAACACAAACUGCAUCAAUGACAUGAACGACGACUCGAUGUGGUGGGCUAUCUGUUCGCUGGAGGUCUUCGACCUUACCGCAGCACCAAGUCAUCUCACGGUAGCAGAGGCCAUCUGGCAACACGUCAACCACUUUGUGAUCCCCGCGGGCAAGUAUAUCAUCAACGGCACCGACAUGGGCGGUGGGGUGAUCUGGUCGAGCAAGCCCAACGAGACCCAGGUCAAUGCCGUCACCACCGGUCUCUAUGCGGAGCUGUCGGCGCGAUUGGCGACGCAACAGGCGGACGAGACAGGCAGAGAAAAGUUCCUCGCUUCUGCCGUCAACAGUUUCUCCUGGAUCCUGCGCAGCCGAUUCGACCAGGACGGCUAUGUCGUCCUGGACCACGUCGAUCUGAACACGGGCGAGAGCUACAAUUGGACAUUUACGUACAACACCGGCCAAGCAAUUGCCGCAUCUGUGGCCAUAUAUAACACCUUGAAAGCAAAGCACUUGGACUUGAUUCAAUCGGCAACGACGGACGCAUACCUGGACCUGGCCUGUAAUAUGGCCAGCCACGCCAUGAAUCGAAGCAGUUGGGUUGACUCAAAUGGAACACUGACAGAGCCCGGCGCCUACCCAGGCACCGGUCCAGACAAAAAGCCCGCAUGGCAGAACGACGACGCCGUCGGCUUCAAAGCCAUCUUGCUGCGGAGCCUGGCCAAGCUGUACAGGGUCCUUGUCCGUGACAACGCCCACCCGGAAAUGCAAACGCAGUUGGUCCAUUUUAUCCAGACGCAGUUCCAGACUUUGCAGCUCAGGGAUACAAACGGGAAGGGACAAUAUGGCCCCUGGUGGGAUGGUCCCAUGGAUUUGCCCACAAGUCACUCUCAAAUGGCAGCACUGGAUGUGAUGGCGGCAAUCCAUGCUGUGUGA